AUUUAAACUCAAAAGAUGCAAUUAAUUGUUACCAAAAUGUUGAUGACAAUGAUUCUUCUUUCAGUGAUAGUCAACUCAAUAGCUGCAUCAAAGCAUACUUUCGACUGUUAUCAAUGCAUGGGUUGUAAAAAGGUUAAUAAGCAUACUCACAAAGAACAUAAAUGUGGAGCAUGUCUUAAAUAUGUGUUUGAUGGUCCUGAAAAACGCGUAGACAGACUGUGCACGGAGUCUUGUUCUAUCGUACCGCCAAGGCGAGAUGCUAAAAUUUACUGCUGUAAAGGCAAAUUAUGCAACUCAACAUCGAGAAUCAAUUUGAACCGAACAUUUAUUUAUUCUAUUCUUUUCAUUGUUGUAAACGCAAUGCUUUUCAGUAGAUUUUAAUAAUUUAAUUUGAAAUUCAUUCUGGCUGUUACCUUAAUGCAGUGUGAAGUUCACACUUCAUUGUAUGGUAACAUGAACCAUGAAGAAUGCAG